UGACGUCACUGGAUCCCCAAACUCUCUUUAGCAACUCACCUAUCAUUGUGGGAUGGUCUCGACCCACAACAGAGUUGAAAAAAACCAUACUGGAUGGUUAUGUGUAGGCCCUAGGAGUAAUUGGCAGUUCUUUUAAAGUACUUUGGUUGAUAUGCUACUCAAAAGGAGGCUGGAGUACAUUAGACUCAAGACUCUAGCUCUUAGUUACUACUGUUAAAGUUAUGAACCUUUUUAAAGUUAGCUUUUGUUUUAGGUAUUUGGAAAUAAGAUGAUAAUCCCUUCCCUGGACGGAGACCUCUUCCAGUGGGACCGAGACCGUGAGAGCAUGGAAACCGUUCCUUUCACUGUUGAAUCCCUUCUUGAAUCUUCUUAUAAAUUUGGAGAUGAUGUUGUUUUGGUUGGAGGAAAAUCUCUCACUUCAUAUGGACUCAGUGCAUAUAGUGGAAAGGUGAGAUAUAUCUGUUCUGCUUUGGGGUGUCGCCGAUGGGAUAGUGAUGAAUUGGAAGAAGAAGAAGACAUCUUGCUUCUGCAACGCACCCAGAAAACUGUUAGAGCUGUUGGACCUCGUAGUGGUAAUGAGAAGUGGAAUUUCAGUGUUGGCCACUUUGAACUUCGGUAUAUUCCAGACAUCGAAACUAGAGCCGGAUUUAUUGAAAGCACCUUUAAACCCAGUGGAAACAAAGAAGAGUCUAAAAUUAUUUCAGAUGUGGAAGAACAGGAGGCUGCUACACUGGACACAGUGAUAAUAAAGGUCUCAGUUGCUGAUUGGAAGGUUAUGGCAUUUAAUAAGAAAGGAGGACAUAUGGAAUGGGAGUACCAGUUUUGUACUCCAAUUGCAUCCGCCUGGUUGGUUAGGGAUGGCAAAAUCAUUCCCAUCAGUCUUUUUGAUGAUACAAGUUACACAUCUAAUGAAGAAGUUUUAGAAGAUGAAGAAGACAUUGUAGAAGCUGCUCGAGGAGCCACAGAGAACAGUGUGUACUUGGGGAUGUAUAGAGGCCAGCUGUAUCUGCAGUCAUCAGUCAGAAUUUCAGAAAAGUUUCCUACGAGUCCCAAAGCCUUGGAAUCUGUCAAUAAUGAAAAUGCAAUUAUUCCUUUGCCAACAAUCAAAUGGAAGCCCUUAAUUCAUUCUCCUUCCAGAACUCCUGUCUUGGUAGGAUCUGAUGAAUUUGACAAAUGUCUUAGUAAUGAUAAGUUUUCUCAUGAAGAAUAUAGUAAUGGUGCACUUUCAAUCUUACAAUAUCCAUAUGGUAAGUGUAAUUAUUCUGGAUUGAAAAUACUGAGUUUUAUUUGCCUCAUUCAAUUAUAUGAAAUUAAUUAAGAGCAUUCAAAUGGAGAGAGGUUAGUUGGUGCAUAGAA